AUGUCCCCAAUGAGCAAUGAAGUGAAGAAUUCACAUCACAUGGAACUUGAGGGACUGAAGCGAGGAUUGUCAUUUCUUGAACAGAAAGGGUGUGCCAUUAAGGAAGUCAUCACAGAUCGCCAUGUCUCAGUGAAGAAAUACAUCAGAGAGGAGCAUAAAGACAAGAAACAUUACUUUGAUGUUUGGCAUGGAACCAAAGUUGGGAAGAAACUGGAAGCAGCAGCCCCAAAAAGUGGAUGUGCAGCAAUCCGUCCUUGGAUCAAGUCGACGACAAACCAUAUCAAUUUUGUUUUUACAGGUUCUAAACCAUAUAAAGCUUUCAUGGAGGUUGUCAGCAGUGGUUACCUUGUGAGAGAUUUGCCAAACCAGUCUCCAGUGUAUCAGACUAAAGCAUUGGAGGUUUUCCACAGUGUAAUAAAUCACUCUGCGCCUAAGAACACCCACUGCUUUUAUGCUGCAAUGGUGAUGGAAGCUGUGAUGCUUGGUUUACACUUUGUAGAAGUAUGUUCUAUAACCAUUGCAAUGACAUACAUUUUUUCAGUUAUCAAGCAAAAUUUGACUAUUUCAAAAUGUUCCUCGCAUUUCAAUGAAAAUGGAAACCAUGAACAAGCAACAGAUCAUGAGGGCAAUUCAAGAUGGAAGAUGAUGUAUCCCAAAUCAAAGAAAGGAGAGGAUGCCGUUGUCAAACCUGAUAAACAACCAGUUUCAUUCAGCUAUGCUGAAGACCUGCAGCGGGCUGUAAUAGAAAGGAGAAGAGCUUUGCCAAACUACCCAUCAGCAAAGAAAGAUGCAGACAAGCAUUUCCAAAUUAAACCUCUGCCGCUUACCAAGAGCUUUAAACUAGGGGUGUCACGAUACACCAAUCUCACGAUA